GCUGCAAACUCAGUCCUGCUCUGCUGUACACGGUGCAGGGCAGAGGGAGAGCCAAUCACCGAAACGCACAGGCUCCCUUUAAGCCUGACAUAUCUCCAACAGGAACAAAUUGUCCCAACAAUCAACAUCCCAAUCUGCUGCGCGCAUCAGGGGCUGGAGUGGAGAGGAUAGCCUAUAGGCCUGAGCUGCGCGGACGGAUCGCGCUGGAUUGCAUCGCGACAACAAACUAUAAACACUGAGAAAUAAACGACAGCUAUCGUGUUGGAUACCAACGAUUUGGGCGGAGGCGCAAGCUCGGACAUCAUGUCUAUAUUGCCGUCAUUCGGGUUUACGCAGGAGCAAGUGGCAUGCGUUUGCGAGGUGUUGCAGCAGGGAGGGAACCUGGAGAGGCUCGGCCGCUUCCUAUGGUCCCUGCCCGCCUGUGAUCACCUCCACAAGAACGAAAGCGUCCUCAAAGCUAAGGCGGUCGUGGCUUUUCAUCGGGGAAACUUCAGAGAGCUUUACAAGAUCCUAGAAAGCCACCAGUUUUCUCCGCACAACCACCCAAAGCUGCAGCAGCUUUGGCUUAAGGCGCACUACGUGGAGGCGGAGAAGCUGCGCGGACGGCCGCUCGGAGCUGUAGGGAAGUACCGGGUGCGGAGGAAAUUCCCGCUACCCCGCACUAUAUGGGACGGCGAGGAGACCAGCUACUGCUUUAAAGAGAAGUCCCGGGGUGUCCUGAGAGAGUGGUACACGCACAACCCUUACCCUUCCCCGCGGGAAAAGAGAGAACUGGCCGAGGCCACAGGACUGACCACCACGCAGGUCAGCAACUGGUUCAAAAACAGACGGCAGCGAGACAGAGCAGCAGAGGCGAAGGAGAGAGAGAACAGUGAAAACAGCAACGCAGGCGGUAACAAACAGAACCAGCUGUCCCCGCUGGACGGAGGAAAGUCUCUCAUGUCCAGCUCGGAGGACGAGUUUUCUCCACCCCAGAGCCCCGACCCGAACUCAGCGCUUUUGCUUCAGGGCAACAUGAACCACCCCGGGGCCUCCGCGUACCCCAUGUCCAGCCUGGGGCCCCCACAGCCGGUGCACAGCAUGCACGGACACCCGCACCAACUGCAGGACUCCUUGUUGGGACCUCUAACCUCCAGCCUUGUGGAUUUGGGCUCUUAAAGAGGCUGCCAGAUUAUUUUAUUUUACAACAACAGAAAAAAAGAGGACUGAUAAAUGUAUCAGAUUGAUGUAUGAAAUAACACUAUAGUAGCUACCUUAUAAUAUAGACUGACUUGUCUGUCGUUAAAUUUGGUUAGAACAAAAUUCCUUUUAUGCGCUUAAACUGUAUAUCCCCACUGACAGGAGCAUUUUCGUCUCCUGCACACGAAAACACACAAACAGGACCUGUCUGAAACUCUUAACUCGACGAGACACUUAACUGGACUGCCCAUUUGCUUAAUUUAUGAUAUUUUGUUGAUAUAAAAGGAUUAUGGCAACAUCCUGCGAUGGAAACUAAGAGGUAACGUUUUCAUUAGUCAUGGUAAUUAGUUUCCAAUAAAACAAAAGUAAUA